AUGAGUGUGGUGCACGACCGGGUCUGGUGCGGAUCCAGGAACAAGAUCUAUGUGGUCCAUCCCAAAGCCAUGACGAUACAGAAGUGUUUCGACGCCCACCCCCGGAAGGACAGCCAGGUGCGCCUCAUGGCCUGGGACGGGGACGGGAUCUGGGUGUCCAUCCGCCUGGACUCCACACUGCGCCUGUUCCACGCACACACACACCAGCACCUGCAGGACGUGGACAUCGAGCCCUACGUCAGCAAGAUGCUAGGGACAGGGAAGUUGGGUUUCUCCUUCGUCAGGAUCACGGCUCUCACCAUCUCCUGUCAGCGCCUGUGGAUCGGCACCGGCAACGGCGUGGUCAUCUCCAUCCCCCUCACCGACGCGGUCACCAAGGCGUCGAAAGGCUCCGGUCCUGGCAGCGUAGUGCGAGUGUACGGAGACGAGAGCGGAGAAGCAGUGCAUGCUGGGACCACCGUGCCGUACUGCUCUAUGGCCCACGCUCAGCUCUGCUUCCACGGACACAGAGACGCCGUCAAGUUCUUCACCGCCGUCCCAGGUCAGGCCGUGCCGUCUCUGAGCGCUGCAGAAGCAGGAGAGAGUCCUCCAGAGACCUGUGCUCAGGACGGAGGUCGCUCUACUUUAGUGAUGAGCGGAGGAGAAGGAUACAUCGACUUCAGGAUGGGUGAUGAGGAGGGCGAGGGUGCAGAGGGGGAGGCUCCAGCGAGUGAAGACCCGACGGAGAAGACCCGACGGAGAAGACCCGACGGAGAAGACCCGACGGAGAAGACCCGACGGAGAAGACCCGACGGAGAAGACCCGACGGAGAAGACCCGACGGAGAAGACCCAACGGAGAAGACCCAACGGAGAAGACCCCAGGAAAGACCAAAGCGCGACAGAGAAACACACUAAAGACUAAAGUCCGUCUCCGAGCUGUGGAAACUGCCCUCUGA